AGCUUGUACUUCCGGAAGGUGGGGCUUUUGUUGCGGGAGCGGUUUGUAUAUGUGGACCGAUGCCUCUGUGUUCGCUGUUAACGCGCUCAGCAAGAUAGCGGCAGCCUCGGGCAGACAAGCGGAUCGUGCUUCGCACCACAACAAGUCCACAGCAAAGAGCAGGCGAGGGCAUGGCAGCUAUCCUAUCUGACACAGAGAGAAGAUUGUGAAGUCAGGUCGUGAGUGUGUGUGUGUGUGUGUGUGUGUACCUGUGCACAUGUGUUUGAGUGUUUAAGAGAGGCACAAAGAAGAAUCCAGUGAUGGCUGCCAAUAAGGGUAAAAACCAGAGCUCUCUGGUGCUGCACAAGCUGAUAAUGGUGGGCAGUGGCGGCGUGGGGAAGUCAGCCCUCACCCUGCAGUUCAUGUACGAUGAGUUUGUGGAGGACUACGAGCCCACCAAAGCAGACAGCUACAGGAAGAAGGUGGUUCUGGACGGGGAGGAGGCUCAGAUCGACAUCCUGGACACCGCCGGGCAGGAGGACUAUGCUGCUAUCAGGGACAACUACUUUCGCAGCGGGGAGGGCUUCCUGUUGGUCUUCUCCAUCACAGAGCCCGAGUCCUUCGCUGCCACUGCUGAGUUCAGGGAGCAGAUCUUGCGGGUGAAGGCAGAAGAGGACAAGAUCCCGCUCCUGCUGGUGGGGAACAAGUCGGACCUGGAGGACCGUCGGCAGGUGCCCGUGGACGAGGCCCGCACGAAGGCCGAGGCGUGGGGCGUCCAGUACGUGGAGACGUCAGCCAAAACCAGAGCCAACGUUGACAAGGUGUUCUUUGACCUGAUGCGUGAAGUGCGAGGCAAGAAAAUGUCUGAAAACAAAGACAAGAACGGGAAAGGGAAGAACAAGAAGAACAAGAAGAGCUUCAGGGAGAGAUGCUGUUUACUCUGAGCUCCUCAUGGACCUGAAAACACAAAGCUCCACAGAACAGAGCUCAGCGUCUUUGAUUUAAAUGAAUCUGAUUAUUUUUUAUUGAUAGCUUGUUAUAGUUUCAUGUCUAGAACAAUCUCAACCACUAUGUUGCCAAUCUUAAUGAAUGAAAGCUGACUGGCUCUGCUGUGAGGAUGGACGGUGACUGCAGGGCUUGAUGGCUCACAGGAAGCCAGCGACCAAACUGCCAUUGACACUAACUCUGCUGCUCGACACGUUCAGCGGUCCUACUGCCUUUCCUUUGGUUCCUUUCUCUCUACAAAGCCGUGCUCUUAGUUUGUUCGCCUCCUCUAAUCUGGGCCUGCAGUCACAGUGUAGGCUCCAUGUAAACUGUUGCCUCUCUGUGGAGCAUGUUUCCAUCGCCCACUUUGUGUUUGCAGUAGCUGCUGAAACUGGAAGUUUAAUGUCUGGUUUUCCCACUGCCUUCAGGUUUCUUGAAUAUUUUUUUUCAUUUCAUCCGAGGAAUUGUGAGGUUUUUUCAUCCCAGGAGGUUCAUACAGUGCAGCGCAGUCGGGGCGGCUAUCCUGAUACGAUUACCAUAAAUCAAUGUUAAAACACAUUUUCAGUGAGAAAGCUGUAAAUUACAUCCUCGCUGACUCAGAAUCCACUCAUUUCUCUUCACGUACACGCGAUCAGAUAUUUUAACGUUUGUUCUGUAUUUUAAGAAUGUGUCUGUUGUUUUGGGAAAUGGAUCGUGAGUAGAGCUCGUCGGUGUAACGUUCCUCCUCAGAGCGCAGACGUCACCGUUUCUACACGAGCGAGGUUUGGAUCAUGUCGACAAUCCAGGAGGCCACCCUGCUAAUGCAUUCAGUCUGUGUUAGUCUCCAUAGUUCUGAUCUUCUUCUUCUUCCUUGUUCUUUUGAAUAACAUGCACUACAUUGUCAGUACCUUAGAAGUGACUUCAUGCUGUGUUGAGUCACACUGGGAGUUUUAAGCAGUCUGUGCCAACAAAAUAACAACAAUUCAAACUAUGUUUGUGGGUGUGUGGUAUGUAUGUUGUGUAAGAGUGUGUGUGCAUUUAUGGGAGAACCUUAUUACCUUACUGUGUGUCUGAGUGAAGCUCUGAUGAUGCUCCAGCCCAACUAUUGUGUACUCAGAUGAGAUGUUGAUGGUGACCCUGCUCCUGCUGUGUGUUUGUUGGUGGCUGAGAGCUGCUGAAUAAAUGCUUUUCCUCCUUUUUUCA